CGUCCUCCCUGCUCAAGGAACGCCUCAUGAGUCCUAACGGCUAAUAGUACCGGGCAUCCACAACUCGUUGGGCCUGACAACACUCCUCCGGCGGGAUCAUCAAUGACUUCAACUUCAGCAGGCAGUUCCACUCAAGGCAAUGACCCAUCUUCAGAAACCCAGCCAUUUAUCCUGAGCAAUUUCAGACUGCAGACGCAUCGCCCCGUGUUCAGGUUGAAUCACAUCAGUACCUUCAAUGGGUUGCCGUUUUUCUCAUCAAGUGGACAGCAGUGGAUUGAGAAAAAGACCGGGGUUGAGAACAAUUUUCACGAGUAUUACGCCUCGGGGCCGCCAUGGCAGGCCAAACCCAGGUUUAGAGCACAGACAAAACACGGUUCACCUGAUGGGCGAAAAAUCAUGGGCCUACCAGCUAGGCUCGUGUUGAGCAAACUCCUGCACACAGCUACCUCCGUCGAGUUCGUGCUAGCCGCUUUUCUCGUCGAUCAGAAGUUGUUUGAAUCCACCAUCAGAGCGGCUUUUGAUGGCCAACUCUCGCAGACUUCACCGGGACCUGUGAGUGCGAGAGCGUGCAUUUUGGCAUUUACAGCACUUGUACUGGAGAUGGUCCCUGAUAGGGACUUUGCGGUGGAUGGGGUCAGUGACGACUACGCACUGGAAGCACUUGCGUUGUUACCGGAGGUUUUCGCGGAGUCAGUGACUAUCGAUGGGCUUCAGGCACUUUUAAUGCUGGCCAUCCAUUGCGAAGUAUCAUGGGGAGAUAUCUAUAUCCUCAACAUGUUAAUCUCGAGUGCAGCGAGGUUAAUCUUCCAAUUUGGAGGAAACCUUUAUCCGAUCACCACUGCCUUUCAAUCGCCCUCGCGGGCAGAUCUACACGUAAGAAAUCUGUUCUGGAUAUGUUUCCUCAUCGACAAAGAAAUCUGUCUGCGAACUGGUUCGCCGCCGUGUUUGGUGGAUACCCACUGUGAUCUCACCGUACCACAUGGGCUUCAUCAUGCCGAAAGCCUUGAUGAAGCGCUCCUAUACUUUUCUACCAUGACGCGGUUAAGCAUCAUACAAGGCCAUAUAUUCGACCGGCUAUAUUCAGCACGUGCUCUGCAACAAAACGAAGCCGAGCUCCUGGGAGCUAUACGUGUGUUGGAUGCGCAGCUGGAAGACUGGCGGUCCUCGCUCCCGGCUUCCAUCCGGCCCUCUCUUUCUCCGUCGCCUCUAACAGGCAAUCGUCUGGCUGAUAAACAUGCGACGAUCUUCCAGGUGCAGUGGCAUUACUGUAUGAUGACUAUCCACCAGGCCAGUUGUCGAUGCAUUACGUGGAUGGAAACCCGAGAGACGCACAUCGAUGGACUCAACUCCAGUUUGACGAUCUCGGUGCAGGCUGCGCGUUCGUUACUUCGAGAGUUUUGCGACUCGCACCUUCUAUUCGAGCAGGAUACAAUUCGGUACUCUCUCUUCCAUAUAAGCUCGGCUGUGAUCACCCUCUUCUGCAAUGUUCUGCUUCGCCCCUUGAACCCCGACAGUGUCGAUGAUGUCGCCCUGAUUGAAAGCCUACGCGGCCGGUUCAAAGACCAUGCCCCCAGAAGCACCAUGGUUGAACCAUUUAUUGAACAAUUGGGGGAUUUGGCGAGAUGCGCCGUUGUCAAAGCAAAUGCCUUGUUCCGAGUCACUUGAACUCUACUUUUUUGAUGAUUCCGAAAGCAUUGAAGAAGCUGCCGCCAUCGGGAGAGGAGCCGAAGUUCGGCGACGACCUCGCUAUGAAGCCCGAUAGGUCGGAACCACCGAUCCUUCGGGCUCCUCGCCCGUAACCCAAUCUGGCCCCCGCCAUGGGCUUGAUCGAAUAUAUCUAUCAGUGCCAGGUCCCUCUUGUCCAGGACCUCCCCCGCUCCCACUUCCACUUCCAUACCAACAAUAUGGCCGUCGAGCAAAAGCAUGUCAGCUCGGUCGCCGAACAACCCUGGCGUUCCACGCACUUUCAAGAUCCAUCCGACCUAAGCUGUGCGCACCUCAACUCCAGCGACGGAGCUCCACGUUCGUUCGCGAU